AUGUUCCUAAUGUCCCCCCCCAGAGCCAUGUACAAUGGGAUAGGCCUGACCACUCCGCGGGGCAGCGGCACCAAUGGCUACGUGCAGCGGAACCUGUCCAGCCUGCGGGUGAAGCGCCCGCGGGACGAGCGCGGCGGCGAGCGCGACGAGAAGGACCGCGAGCGGGGCGGGGCCAGGGCAUUAUGGAGGAGCAGGGGUGAGGAGGGGGCGGGGCUAUGGAGGAGGGGGGUGUGGUCUGGGAGGAGGGGGCGGGGCCAGAGCAUGAUGGAGGAAAAGGGGUACUCGGUGGAGGAGAUCGAGGAGAAGGUGAGCAGCUUCAGGAUGAUGCUGCAGGAGAAGGAGGAGCCCCCGCCGGCCAGCGGACAGAAAACAUCGGUGACGGAGACCCACGCGCUGGCGGCCGCUAACCAGCAGAAGAACGACCGCCUGCGCGCCGCCUUCGGCAUCUCCAGCGACUACGUGGACGGGUCCUCCUUCAGCGCCGACCGCAAGGAGAAGGAGAAGGAGCGCCGCGAGCAGGAGCGGCAGGAGCGCGAGCGCCAGCAGCUCAAAUACACGUCAGUGCUCCCUUUUCCCGCGCUCCACAAAGGCCACGCGGCCUCUCAACCGGCCGGACCC